UUCGUCAGAUAACAUUUACCUAUUAUGUUGUUUCAGAGUCCCGUGGGUCUGAUGAGUGUCAGCAACGGCGCGCCCGUGACCUACUGCGAAGCUAACAACUCCCUCAACGAGCCGCUGCUCCGUAACACUUUCUACAUGGACCACAUGACUUCACAAACUCGAGAAAGAACUUACGGUCGCUCCGUUCAUACGAAGGGCGCCGGAGCGUUCGGCUACUUCGAAGUGACCCAUGACAUCUCCCAUAUUUGUAAAGCUAGCUUUCUAAGCGAAGUAGGAAAGAAGACGCCAGUUGCAGUGAGAUUUUCACCAGCCACCGGCGAAGUAGGAGGCUCUGACUUAGAGCGAGGGGCUCGAGGUUUCGCGAUCAAGUUUUACACAGAUGAAGGUAAUUUUGAUUUACCUGGCCUCAAUAUGCCCAUGUUCUUCAUUAAAGAUCCAGCUAUGUUUGCUAAAUUCGUGUAUUCGCUGAGAAAAGAUCCGGCGUUGUACCUUUUUAAUCCGAUGGGAUUGUGGGAUAUAAUAAUCGCAAAUCCCGCAGCGUUGAGUAUGUUUCUCUUAGUGUUCGGUGACCGCGGCAUCCCGGCCAGUUACCGCCACAUGGCCGGCUACAACCUCCACACGCUGCAGGUUGAAAACGCACAAGGGGUGCAAAGUUUCAUGAGAUGGACGUACACACCGCGCGCGGGCGUCAAAGGCUUAGGAACAGCAGAAGCUCAGAAAAUUAAACUCGUGGAUCUCGAUUAUUAUUCGAGAGAUCUGUUCGAGUCAAUUAAAACAGGUGAUUACCCUUGUUGGGAAAUGGGCGUACAGAUCGUAACCGAAGAAGACGUGAAAAGAUGUGGAUACGGCGUAUUCGAUAUAAUGAGGAAGCUUAAUGAAACUGAAUUUCCCUUACACCCCGUUGGUGAAAUGUGCUUGAAUAGAAAUCCCAAAAAUUACUUUUCUGAAAUAGAACAGUUGGCCUUUUGUCCGGCGAACCUGGUGAACGGAAUACACGGAGCGCCAGACAGGAUGUACGAAGCGCGUCGACUCGCCUACAAAGAUGCACAACUGCGCCGCUUGGGGCCAGAUGUUGACAACAUUCCUGUUAACUGCCCACUCCAUGUUUCCAGUGACAAUCCCGAUUCGCGCGAUGGAGCCGUUGGCUACGAAUCGACGCAAAGGACAGGUUUAAUUAAAAUCAUAGAAGAAGAACCAUACACUUUUGAUCAAGCCGCACAUUACUACGUAAAUGAGCUGUCGAGCGAAGAACGAGAUCGAACAAUUGAGACUAUCAUUUCUAUGCUGACCCCAGCCGGUUCAUCGGUCCAAGAACAAAUGAUAGAACUCUUCACAACUGUUAGCCCUGAAUUGGGUAGUCGUGUGGCAGAAGGGUUGAGUGCCACGAAAACUAAGUAAAUUCAUUUCAUUUAAAUCGUUCCACGAGAUGCACUUCGAUUAAUAAAAGAGGACUGUUCUCUUUCUAUGAUAGAAUUUUCUGGAUUUAGGGAGUUAGGGCGGAUACAUAUACCUAUAAUACGAUCCGAACCACACUCUAAAAUACAAAUACAAACAGCCGAUAUGACGUGUUGUCGGAAGG